UGUCCGAUCAGAAUUUCGGCCAACACUAGUUAUCUCCCUUGAUGACCUUCAUGAGCACACUGACUUACAUUGGACGCUAUGGACUCCGCUCGUUCGUCCCCAGCGAGCCUAUCAGACUACCAUAUAGACCCACAUGUAGGAUUCCUGUUGAAGGAAGCCCUGGAAGUACUACCGGAGUAUUUCCACGUGUGGAAUCACCUAUCUGAUCCGUCUGUGCUUAUUCCACUCAUCGAAAGUCAUGCACUGCGUCAGGAAAUAGACAAGAUGCCUAUUCUGGACCAUUCUCGUCUUACCGGACACCGACAGCUCCGACUAGCACACCUCCAACUCUCGGUCUUAGUCAAUGGCUACGUAUGGCAAGAUGGUGACCACGGCGUCCCAAAGAGCGUUCCACGCUGUCUGUCCGUGCCAUUUUGUGGGGUUUCACGACUCCUUGGUGUCCAGCCCAUCCUGUCCCACUGUGAUGUUGUACUGGCCAACUGGGUGGUUAUCGACAAAACAAGACCACCAACUUUAGAGAACAUCCGGGUCCUAUACUACCCUCCUGGAGGUGAUGAGGCAGCUUGGUUCUUUAAGGCCACAGUUGGCGUGGAGCUGGCAUUUUGUUCUGCGUUACAGCCUAUGAUGCGGGCCAUGGAGGCUGCUGACGUUGGAGACGACGCAAGUCUAGUUAAAUGUCUCAAGGACAUUGCUGCCACAGUAAAAAACAUGCAGACAGCGGUGUCCAAACUACAUGAUGGACUGAGUGCAGACACUUUCUACAAUGUGACGAGACCUUUUCUUACGGGAUGGGGCGGGGAGAGUUCCCCUUUACCCGUGGGACUAGUGUAUGAAGGAGUAAGUGAUGAUCCAGUCCAGAUGACCGGAGGAAGUGCCGCCCAGAGUUCUACAAUACAAAGUCUGGACGCUGCCCUCGGGAUAACGCACGCGCCCGAUGUGCAGGCAUUUUUUGACGGAAUGAAGCCAUAUAUGCCACGCCCACAUCGAAAGUUUUUGGAUGAUAUACGGACAAGGUCAAGAAUCGCAGCUUACGUCCGUUCAAGUUCGAAUCAGGAUGUGAACGACGCCUACAAUGACUGUAUCACGUCUUUAGUGGACUUCCGUAGUUAUCACAUACAGAUUGUCACCAAGUACAUAAUUGUUGCAUCCAGCAAGAAGAGACAAGAAGAGGAAAAAUACCAAUCUGUGUCUAAAAAAGGAACGGGCGGUUCUAGUAUACUGCCAUUCCUGAAGAGCUCCAGGGAUACUACAAAGCGUAUGAACGAGUCCAUGUGAUGUACAACCAUAUACGUAUCAGCCACCACAGUCUGUGUCUGUCCAUUAAAAUAGCAAUAGUAUGAGAUUAUAGAAAUAAAUUGUAUUGAUAAAAUUAGAGUUUGGUCCAAACUAAAUGUUAUUUACUUGUAAAAGUAGGUUUUAAGUAUGAAGAAUAUAGACUUUAUUGGCACUCGUAGUUUUAUAUGUCAUGUACGUUAUAAUUUUAUGAUUGAAUCACGAUUUUGAAAUUUUGUAUAUUAUCAUUACAUUGUGUGAACUGCAUGUUUUAAAGGCUAGCGUUUCGUGGUCAUUGUUACAUAAGCCAUUAAAAUCUUCGUGUUCCAUUAUCCUUAUCUUUGUGAUAUGUUUGGAAAAUGCGAUUGUUAAUAGAUGCACCGGUUCAUGAUACAAAGUUAUGCACAAAUAGUCCCAUCGUUUUUAACUGCCCCCUAUAACUUGCCAUAAAUAAAAGGGUUAAUGAUAGCCACUGGAGAUUUGAUUGAGGGAUUGCAGAGGUUGAAAUAUGAAAAUUAUAUUAUACAUAAUGUAAGCAAUAGGGAAGUGGCGAUUCCGCUUACAUGAAGAUAUAGCCAUCUAUAUACUGCAACUUCCUACUGAAAACCAUGGGACUUGGUAGAGUAUAUCACAGAGUUUUGUACAAUGAUUAACUUGGUCUAGAGAACUGCAUGAAGUGUAUGAAGUCGGAAAUCUAGUAACAUUUAUCUAAAUGUUGAUCCCAGAUAGUUGAAACGCAAAAUCGUUCGAGAUGAUGGUUGUAAAUGUAUGGAGUUUUAGAAGUAAUAACCUUGACCCCGAUUCUGACCCGAGGUAGCUGAAGAAAUGUAAAUUAAGUUUGAGGACAAUCGGAUAAUUGAUGAAAUAUUUAAAGAGAAGACAUUGUUUGGUUACGUGCGGGCUGACACUUUAUCCCCUCGUCGACUAGUCGUGAGGGGUUGAUGAUCGGGAUUACACAUGCUGUAUACUUACAAUGCA